CUCUGCUCGUUGAUUGCGCCAGCGUCAGGCCACGCCCAUAUUCCAGAAGUUUCUCAGCUUCUCCGCCAAGCAAUCGUCAAAACUAGCUAAAGUAAAUCUGGAGGGAUGUUUACAGCUGGCAGUUCAUUUCGAGGUUCCAGAGGAGCCUGUUCUGCCCAAAAUCUCAUGAAGAACUUGCCUGUGAGGGAACAUUUGUCCUCCUCACCGUUGCCAACCUCCAAUGCAUAUGCUUCAAAGACAAUGGUGUCACCUAAAGAACUGAUCGACAGAUACAAGCAAGGUGAAGUUCACGCUGUGUCUUUGCUCCAUCUGCUGGCCCAAGCUUUUCAGUUCCACAUGGAGAUGAAGGAGACGGUGACCUCAGAACACCUACCAGGCCUCUACUUUGCCUUCUGUGUGGUGAUUGAUGGAUUUGAAUACAAGACUGGCAUAGGAAAAACCAAAAAGGAUGCUAAACUGAGUGCAGCAGCACUUGCCUUGGAGGACCUGCUGCCCACUUUGAGCCAUGGGAAGUAUGUCCUCCCUGAGGAUUCAGAUGUCCCUCCACCCCUUCCAGUUAAAGAGGAGCCCUCCAUCUCUGACGUUUACCCUUCUAGACCCAAUCCUGAAAGCAGGAACUGCGUCAACCUCCAGAUUCCCCUCGCUGUUCGAGAUCAGCUCUCCAAACUGAUGAACAGUCACCUGGAGUUCUCGGCCUGCGCAGGCACCACAGCGGCGUUCAUCCUUCAGACGUCCAGCGGAUGUGAGGUGGUCGCUCUUGGCACCGGGGACUUCAACAUCAAAGAGAGCGCUUCACUGAGUGGACGCCUUGUGCAUGAUUCACAUGCAGUUGUCACUGCGAGGAGGUCUCUAAUGAGGUUUCUGUACCGGCACCUGCUGAUGUUCUUCAGCAAAACAGCCAAUUUGACGGAGAAGUCGGUCUUCCAGCAGAGCAGCAGGAGCAGCAGCAGCAGCAGCCACCUCCUCAGCCUGAAGAGUGGCAUCACCCUUCACCUCUAUGUCAAUCAACUGCCAAAGGGAGCUGCUCAAAUUCCCUCCCAGCUGCGGCUGAACCCUCUCUCCAUGUCGGCACUGCAAGUUAUUAAUGAAAUCAGCCUGCACUUGUCAGUGGAGGGCAAGGUGUUCUCCGUUUUCUCAUCAACAUUUGAUCAGUCCACCUCCAAAGUGAUCAGCAUGUCUGCCAUAGACAAGGUCACUCAGUGGCAGGUGCUGGGAUACCAGGGAGCCCUGCUCAGCCACUUCAUUGAGCCCGUCUAUAUCCAAAGCAUCCUCAUAGGCGAUUCUUGCUGCAGUGACAUCCGUGGAAUGAAGAUGUCGGUGAGCCAGCGUGUGGAAGGCAUCACCUCUCAGCUGCCCAUGUACUACUGCAUGAUGAGGCCCCACAUUAGCCUUGUGGCGUCUGUGGCUGCCGACACUGCCAACAGUGGCGAUUUAACCUACGGUAUCAACUGGAGUGAAGGAGACGGCUCACUGGAGGUAGUGGAUGGUCUGCUGGGCAAGACCAUAGAGGAGUCACCCUUUAAGAGCGGCUCUUCUCUGGCGAGUCGUCUGUGCAAAGCAGCGAUGCUACACCGCUUCAAGCUAGUGGCCAAAGAAGCCCAGAGGCAGGAUCUGCUGGCCACAAGCUCUUACAGAGAAGCCAAGAGGAUGGCAAAGUCGUACCAGGAGGCAAAGAACGUGCUGAGGGCGUACCUGUCGCAGCAGGGCUUUGGUUCCUGGCUGGUCAAGCUUUCGGUCAUUGAUAAUUUCAGCAUGUGAGUAAAGUCACAUUUACAUUUAGAAGAGAAAAAAAAUAUGUUCCAACUUUAAAAUGUUAAGUUUGCAAGAAGACACUUGUUGUGCUUUUUCAAGGGAUUAAACUCAAUUCCUGUCCAUUUUGAUACAGAGCAGUUCUGGUUUCCAAAAGAGGAAUAAAAAUACAGUAGUUAUACGUUUGUGUAUAAUAAGACAAAUUAUGUUGGAGCUCUGAACUGGCCUUUAUCAGGUUAAAAGUUAUGCUUAGUUGAAGUAUUCAUUUUCAUUUUUCUGUAUUUGGUGCAUUAGUUAUGUUCAAUGUUGUUACUGUUUAUAAUAGUCAUCUUAUAAUAUUAUGUUUAAUGAAAAUGACUAUGACUAACCUACUUUUGAGCAGUGCCCUUGAAUAUGAUAUGAUAAGUAGCUUAUGUUUACAUUUGUUUUCAUCCAAUUCAUGUGUUAGAUUUAAUACGUGAUGCUGCUGUGAUAAAUUUGUGAGGCACUGUGCGAGCAUUUAAAUAAUGAUAAAUAAAUAAAUCAUUCCAAGCUCAAAA